UAUUAUUAUUCUCUAACAACAAUAUUGUUUUACAUCUUUCGUGACAGACUCGUUCAUCGCAGCAGCCAUGAAAUUCUGACACCCACACCGUUAUCUCUCUCUUUCUCACCACACUUAUUUUUAGGUCUAAAAUAAUAAUAAUAAUAUUUCUGUUACGUUUUGUUUUGUUUUGAUUUUCUCACUAUGGCCGGAACAACGACUCGAAACGACGCCGAAUCGUCGGAGGCAGUGGGGAUUCCGACCGGUUUGAACCGGAUUAAGACUCGUAUACCGGUUAAUAAUAACAACGACAAUAUUCGUAUUAGCUCGAAUAGUGUUCAUACGAAGUCUGUUACGAGUCGAUUUAAGCAGAAUCAUCAGAGGAGUUUUGGUAGAGGAUUCGUGAAGCUUCAUUCGUCUCGAGAAGGAACCCGUAAAGGGAAAAAGGUAGCCCGAUGGUUCACAUCUCAUCUUUCCAAGGGUUCUGAUAAAGCUAUCAGAGAUAAGCCUCAGGAAACUGAGAAAAGAAAUGCUGAAGUGGAUGCAUUUGACAAGGAAGCUCUUCCAGGUAAACAACAAAAAGUCGGAAGACCAACACUUGGAAAGCAAACCGAUAAAAUGCCAGAAGUACUGAAAAGCUUUUCGCAUGAACUUGGGCCUAAAGGUGGCAUUAGACCUUCAUAUACUCGACCUCAUAGCUUUAGUGAUCUAAAGGAACUCUUGAGGUCAAUGCGGUCAAACUUCAAUGCUGCAAAAGAGUUGGUCAACACUGAGCUAGCUUAUUUCAAAGAGGAGGUUAUUGAAGUAUCCCAAAAGUCAGAUGCAUUAUCUUUAGAAGAACAAAGAUCAAUCGACGCGCUUCUAAUUCUGUCUAAAGAAUGCAUAGAAAUGCCGUCCCUCGAAUUCCGCACCAAAUGUGAGACCAUUGUUCAAGAUUUAACAACAAAAAGGCAGGAUUGCCAAACGGGCCCAUUAAAAUGGCUUUUUACAAGGAUGCUUUUUAUAUUAACACGUUGCACCAGGUUGUUGCAUUUCGAGAAGCACAGUGAGCACAUCGAUGAGAUCUCGCUUCUUAAGCUUAAAGAAUGUUUGGAAAAGAUUCCCUCUCAUGAAAUGAGCUGGCUUUAUAAGUUGGGGAUUAUCGAAUCCAAUUCCGACACUAUUUUAAACAAGUUUGAUGAUGAACACAUAAUUCAGGAUUCACAUCAAAAUGAUGAUUUAGUAAUUUGUAGAAUAUGUGAGGAAGACGUUCCAACGUCUCACUUAGAAUCUCAUUCAUAUAUAUGCGCUCAUGCGGAGAAAUGUGAUAUCCAAGGUGUAGAUAUAAAUGAAAGCCUUUUGGGAUUGUCGGAAAUACUUGAACAAAUCAUUGAUUCCUGCACUCAAAGUGUACACGUUGACAACGAUAGCCUUCAAAAUUCACAAAUACAAAUUUCUUCUGAUAACUGCUCUCCGAAAAUAAGUGAAUGGAGAAAUAAAGGGGUCGAAGGAAUGUUUGAAGAUCUUCAUGAAAUGGACACUGCAUCUAUAGAAGACUCGACCCCUGUUUCCUUUGUAAACAUUAAGGGCUUCCCGGGGGUAAAAAGUCAAUAUGGUCCUCCAUCGUCAACCGGAAGCAUGACAUCAGCAUCUUCCACUCCACGCGCUGCCAAUUUUGACCUUUUCUGGUUAGAGCAUAAUCACUCUUCAGAGCUAGAAGAUGUGCAACAGAUGACUGACCUUAGGGACAUUGCUCGUGUGGCAGCUGACACAGAUCUUAUGUCAGAAAAGUCGAAUGAAAUCUUGCUUAACUGUAUGGAAGAUUUGCAGGAUGUUUUACAGCAAAGCAAGCUCAAAGCGCUUGUUAUAGAUACGUUUGGGCACCGAAUAGAAAAACUUAUUCGAGAGAAAUAUAUAACUGCAUGUGAACUAGAGGAUGCGAAUAAAAGAACUAGUGAUGUUGGAUAUCCUUCUAUAUUGGAUACUGCAUCUCAAAGCAGUUCAGUCUCAACUCCUUCACACCCUUCACAUAAAGAAAGAACAAGCAUCGAUGAUUUUGAGAUAAUUAAACCAAUUAGCAAAGGUGCUUAUGGUAAAGUAUUUCUUGCACGCAAACGUACUACUGGGGAUUUAUUUGCUAUAAAGAUGCUUAAGAAAAUGGAUAUACUUAGAAAAAACGAUAUUGAGAGGAUAGUUGCUGAACGUAACAUAUUGAUCACAGUACGAAACCCAUUUGUGGUUCGGUUUUUUUAUUCGUUUACUAGUAAAGACAACCUUUAUUUGGUGAUGGAGUAUCUCAACGGAGGUGAUCUGUUUUCUUUGCUACGAAAUGUCGGUUGCCUUGGGGAGGACGUAGCGCGUGUUUACAUUGCAGAACUGGUUCUUGCUCUUGAAUAUCUUCAUUCUUUAGGAAUUGUUCAUCGAGAUCUUAAACCUGAUAACAUAUUGAUUGCACAUGAUGGGCAUAUCAAGCUUACAGAUUUUGGGCUGUCGAAAAUUGGUCUAAUGAAUAGGACAAGUGAUUUAACUAGACCCGAGUCAAACGAGGGUGUAGUUUCGAACGGUCAUCACCUUGAAAAUGAAUGGAGUGUAGAUAAAAGAGAGCGUUCAGCUGUUGGUACACCGGAUUAUUUGGCCCCAGAAAUACUACUUGGAACCGAACAUGGUUAUGCUGCUGAUUGGUGGUCAGUUGGGAUUAUUCUGUUUGAACUAAUUACAGGAAUUCCACCUUUCAACUCAGACCAUCCCGAGAGAAUAUUCUACAACAUUCUUAACGCGAAAAUCCCGUGGCCUUCGAUUCCGAAUGAGAUGUCAUGUGAGGCUCAAGACAUGAUUAACAGGUUUCUUAUUCAUGACCCCAAUCAGCGUCUAGGAGCACAUGGAUCAUCAGAGGUAAAAGCACACCCAUUUUUCAACGGUGUGAAUUGGGAUACCCUUUCCAUGCAAAAGGUGGCGUUUGUACCACAUCCGAAUGGUAUGGAUGAUACUAGUUAUUUUGUUUCAAGACACAGUCAUAGUUCUAGUGGAACAUUUGAUGAUCAAGAUUGUAGUGAUGUGGCUUCUGACGCCAGUGAGUUCUUCUCAGACACAAAAGAGAAGACAGACGAAUAUGGAGAUCUUGCAGAGUUUAAACCAUCUGCAUCUGAUGAUCUUUCUUGGAUUAAUUUCUCUUUCAAGAAUCUAUCACAGUUGGCAUCUAUCAAUCAUGAUGUACUUGUACAAAAUAGCAAGGAUGCGUCGAGAUGCUCAUCCCCACACAAUGGACCAACCUCAUGAAUCCUCUUCUCUCUAGAUCCAUGGUGUCCUUCAAGAAAACCUCAGGAUCAACCAUGAAUGUUUGCUUGGGUCAGGAUCAUGCUCAGGCUCGGGCUUAGGUUUCUCGUUCCUUUUUCGUUCUUGGGGAUUUGUUGGUGAACGACGAAAACUAGAUAGUGGAUUUAGAGUACAAGGUCUAGUUUUCUUUGAUUUUGCAUAGAUGGUUCAGGUUCAAGAAUGAAAAGAGAUAAGUUACAUGGACCACAUAUGGUGCUGGUCUACCCCUUAAUUGUAUUACUGUUUCAGCUUUAGUGUUAGAGUAUUCUUCAUCAAUCAAUGGGUAUCCUGUUCAUAUA